AUACUGAUUUAUGUUUAGCUUCCUUAUACGUCAUAGUUUAUGUAACCAGCUGUUGUUUAUAUAUGUUACCGCCAAGUUUGGUUGUGUUUAUUUUAUAACAUUUACUUCUGCGAAACAUGUGUGAUAGAAUUGUCGUUUUAAUAGAUAUGGACUGCUUUUAUUGUCAAGUUGAAGAAAGGUUAAAUCCUUCCUUGAAGGGAAAGCCAUUGGCUGUUGUCCAAUAUAAUCAGUGGAAAGGAGGAGGAAUCAUAGCAGUGAAUUACGAGGCUCGUGAGUUUGGGGUCACCAGACAUCUACGAGGUGACGAAGCGAAACAGAAGUGUCAAGAUAUUGUGCUGAUACACGUUCCAGCCGUGAGAGGGAAGGCUGACCUGACAAAGUACAGAGAUGCUGGGCGGGAAGUGGUGAAUGUCCUCUGCCAGUUCAGCGACUGUGUCGAAAGGGCCAGCAUCGAUGAGGCGUAUCUCGACAUCACAAGCACGGUGGAGCAACGACUGAAAGAUGGCGCCCACGUGACACCCUCCGAGCUCCAACACACGUUUGUGGUUGGCCUGUCAGAUGCGGACAAAAACGAAGAAGAGAGUCGCAGCCAAAGUGUGGAGUCGUGGCUUGCAGAGAUUCAGGAGCUGCAAGAUUCCGUCCAGCUGAAGCUAGCGAUCGGUGCAGCGCUUGUCGAAGAAAUGAGAGCUGCUGUCAAAGCUCAGACUGGUUUUGAAUGCUCUGCUGGGAUAGCACACAAUAAGAUUCUGAGCAAGUUGGCUUGCGGUUUACACAAACCAAAUCGGCAGACUGUGUUGCCGCAGAACGGGGUGAAUAUUUUGUAUCAGACCUUGCCAAUCAAGAAAAUAAGAAGUCUCGGUGGAAAAUUCGGGGAUGUUGUCGUGGAUCAGUUGGGCUGUACUGUCAUGGCUGACCUCGCAAAGCUGUCUGAAAAACAGCUCCAGCAGAAGUUUGAUGAUAAAACCGGAACUUGGCUUUACAACAUAGCGCGAGGCAUUGAUAACGAACGAGUCACUCAGCGGCUUGUUGCUAAGUCCAUCGGCUGCUGUAAAAAAUUCCCUGGGAAACAAGCGCUAGGGAAGAAGGAGGAUAUUGAGAAGUGGCUUUUUGAACUAGCCUCAGAGGUUUCGGAUCGUUUGUUCAAGGAUUUACAAGAGAACAAGCGUCGUGCAAGUCUUCUAACAGUUUCUUACAGCCAAGAUGUAAAUGGACAAUCAGUAUCAUCAAGUCGCUCGGGGGUUCUUGCUUCUUACGAACCCCAGAAGAUUGUUGAGGAUGCAAUGGAUUUGAUGAAGAAAAGUAACACGACUCCCACAACUCUUCACUGGAAUCCUCCCCUCAAAUACCUUGGUAUCUCAGUUGGAAAAUUUUCAACCUUAGUUCAAGCACCUAAAAUUGACACUUUUUUCAAAAAUGUAGAAAAUAAAAUUGAUGCUGAUGAAAGAACUAAGUUGAAGUGUAACGUAAUAUCUAACACAAGAAAUGAAUAUUUUGGUAGUUGUGUAGAAAAAGAAAAUAAGAAUAAUCAAGAAAGAAUUGUUGGAAUCACUAGAAACUCGGACAAAAGUCUAGGCAAUGGUGAUGGCAGCGACAUCGUAGUGUUUGAAAACAAAAAAGUUAGCUACACAAACAUGAUAAACUCUGGUCUAGAAAGUGUGAUUACGCAUAAAGAAAAACAAACUGAAACUAAUUCAGGUAAUGAAAAUACAAUUGACGAACGAUUCUCUAGCAUUUCUGAAAGUAAGAAAAAAAUUUUAGCAAAAGUGACAAGUGAAUCGAAGAGUAGGUCAUUCUUUUUAAAUUAUUUAAGAACCAAACAAUUCCCACCAUCAGAAGGAAAAAGCAAUAAUUCAUCACUCGUAAAGUCCAAGAUUGAUGGUGGCAACAGCAUUGUAGAAUCUUCUGGCCUUCGCCACUCAAACACGUCCACGCGUUCUGAGGUGGCAACUGCCACAGUUAUGGAUAAAAUGGCACUAGUGCAAGGCCCAAGUGUUAGCAAGGAAAGGGAAGUUGAACCGUGUAUUAUAAACGUGCACGAAAUAUUCCCAGAUCUCAGCCAAGCGGACAGUGACGUAGUUGAACUCCUUCCUGUGCAGAUGCGUGACCAGAUCAAGGCAAGGAAGCUGGAGAAGCAACGAGAAAAGCCAAGCACAAGCAAGAUUUUACGACCGAAAUGUAGUAAAAACAACGUAGCAAGCUCUGGAGAUUCAAGUACAGCCGAAAAUGCUUGUGUGAACAAUGUGAGCGUCACGGUCGAUGUUCAUCGUAAUUUGUCGCUAGAAGACUCGUGUGCCUCUGACUCUGUUGAUUCAAGCAAACAGACCAAAAGUAAAAUCAGUACUACGAAUUCCUGCCUCCUGUCAUCUCUGCAAGAAGAUGAAACCGUGAAUUUAAAUAAGCAGUUCUCAAUCAAGAGGUUUUCACCUACUGAAAACCCUUUCACGAAUGUUGAUGAUCAUGAAAAUAAUUCUAGCGGUCACCCUGACAAAAUUCAGUUUAGUUAUGAAAAUGUAAAUGGUGAUACAGUUUUUGAUAGUGACACUGAUUCAAACAGUUGUGGUGUCAACUUACCCCAGUUUGUUGGAGAAGGGAACGAAGUAAAGACUUCAAGUAAAAUUUGUGGCUCUUCAAAAGAGGAAAGCAUUUCAUACUCCGAUGACAUUGGAGGCACUAGCAUUGUGAGUACAUUGAGAGAACUUUGUCCUGAAUGCAAUGAAAUGGUUCCUUUAAAAGAUUUCCCUGAGCAUGUAGACUUUCACUUUGCUCAAAAUCUACAAAAGGAACUUAACUUGGAACAAGUUCAGCGACCUGCAGUUAGCAAGAGUCCAGUAAAACGGUUAUUAGGAACAAAGAAACGAGGUAGACCAGUAAAAAACCAAGGCAGUUCUAGUGCUGACAAAAAGAUGAGAGUUAUCACUACUUUCUUUGCACCUAGAUAACUAAAUAUUUAUUACAAAAUUUUUAAUUGUAAUUGGUGUAUAACUGAAAAUGUUUAUAAUUUAUUACAAUGUUACUUGUAAAAUUUUGUAAUGCUGUACUAGUCAAAACUUUUUUAUACAUAUUUUUAUUUAUAGUUAUAUUUCUGUAUAAUUAUUCUAGGCUCUGCAAUUUGUUGACAAUGGUAGCGGGUAUUUUAAUAUGCUAAGAGCUGAUUUUACAAUUUUUUUUAUUUGUUAUGUUACUUUUUAUUUUGCACAUUGGCUAGUUAAUCUAUUGAUUUUAUAACUUUUAUUGUCGAGAUAAUAUAUACUUCUGUCCAUUA